UGUCCCAAUUCGGUUGGGGACAAUGAUUUUGGCUUCGAUACUACUGGUGAGGUUUCUACUGCAAUAAACUUAUAUGUUGUACUUGGACUGUCACAAGUGUGGGGUGGACAAAUUGAUGAAACACUCAGAGCAUUUUUCGGAUUAAUAUAUUGUAUAGUUGCAGUUGCGUGUCUCUUUGGACUAAUUGGAUCUGUUGUGAGCUCUCGUCGUUCUGUUCGAUUCUUCUCUACUAUCCUUUGGUUUUUGUUUAUUGCUCAUAUCACUAUCGAUAUUGUUCAAGUAAUAGAAAUGUACAAACACAAAGACGAUCGUAUUGCAGAUUGCAUCGGAAACGUAACACAAGCAGUAAAUGAUGCUAGCGGAAAGAUUAACAAUUCCACGGCCAAUAUUACUCUAGCUAACAACGCAACCAAUGCCGCCACCGACAGCGUAAAAUCAAAAGUUGAAAAACAUUCUCCUGCGGAUUGUCAGAAAUGGGUGGAUAUUGCAAUGUGGGCGAUAGCUAUAUGGUAUGGGAUAAUUAAUCUUUUGUUGCUUUACUUUUGCAAUGUAGCCGCGCGUUUUGCUCGUCAACUAGAGUCCGAAUAUCGUCAUCAUAAACUUAGAGAUCAUACAAGAUCAGCUGUAAAUAGAUCGGGUAGUCGCACUUCCCUAAAUUCGAGUUUGAAUUACCAACCGCAUAAGGGUAUUAGAGGGGGGUCAGAUUAA